GCUCACAGUACUAUGUUCGGCCGCGAUGCCCCAGGUGCAAAACCGUGCUGAAAUAGAUGCUUUAUCCUAUUGAAAAAAGCUUCAAUUGCUUGCCACAGCAAAUUUGCCGCCUCCCUCGCGGCGCGACGCGCGCGCGUGCGUGCCCACACAACGACUCCUCCGCCGCGCGCAGGCUUCGAGGAGCUCGGCAUCGACUGGGGCCCGGCCUCGCCGUUCGGGCCGGACGAUGAUCCGGGCACGCCCAUGACGCACCAAGACUCGUCCGAGAGCGACGAACUCCGCCCGGACCUCUUCGCGCCCGGCGCCGCGCCGCUGCCGGCGCCCGAGCCCGUGGUGACGCCGGCGGCGAACGCGCAGCCCGAGCGGCCGGUCGCGCCGUUCGUCAGAGCGCUCUACUCGUUAUUGGAAGGUCCCUACGACGAGACGCUCUGCGAGUGGCUGUGUGGAAAAUCAACCAGUGCGUAGGCGUCGCGUCGAUGGCGUGGAGGACAACGUGAUGAUUCAGCACGAACGCGCCGUAAAAUUUUGAUUUCCACACAGGCGAGUGGUCCGAGAACGGCCGUCGCAUCGUCUUCCCGGACCCGGCGCAGUUCGCCGAGACCGUGUGCCCUCAGAUAUUCCGGCACUCCAAGUGGACGUCGUUCUCGCGCAUGCUCAACAUGUACGACUUCCGCAAGGUCUCAUCGACGCCGCGCAGCGGAGCCGCGCCUGCGCGGGCCGGCCUCGCGCCGAUGGUGUUCGAACACGACAGCUUCCGCAGUGGUCGGCGUGGAAAUCAAAUUUCGGGCGCCCCACGCCAUCGACGCAACCUAACUAACUGGUUGAUUUCCACACAGGCCGCGGUGGCCAAGGAGAGCUCUACCUCGUUCAACGCCGCAAGCGCAAGUCGUUCAAGGACACCCAGCGCGACGACGACCGCGAGGCGGAGGUCGCGAGUCUUCGCUCGCGUAUCACGGAGCUCGAGCGUAGACUCUCGCAAUUGGAGAUGGAGAACGCGCAGCUCCGGUCGCGCGACUACUCGCUCCAGCUCUCGUGA